AUGAGCGGGAGUUCGUCUAAAGGAAAUGGUGGAAAGAAACUUCUUAAUAAGAAUCAAUUACUGAAGAGAAAUCGCAUAAGAAAUGCUAGAUCAAUUAGAGCAGAGGCCGUGGCCGUUUCAUCGUCAAAAACUGGGGUACCAAGCGAUUUAAGUGAGUCUGGGAGUAAGCUAAACGUGGGCCAAUUCAUCAGUUCUCGUCAAUUUGAGGUCAAGCAGUUGCAAUUGGCCAUGCACAAUUCCAAAGGGGCCAGCUCAACGAGAAUAUUUCAGGCAUUGCCUCGAAAACUGCGUCGUAGAACGGCUUCGCAUAAUGUCCGUAGGAUUCCAAAGAGAAUGCGCAAUAGGGCUUUGAGAGAGAUGCGUAAGAGUGACCAGCAGGAAGUAUUGAAGAACUCUUCAACUGCCUCCAGAAAAACCCAUGGCCUAAACGCAAAACAACUUUACAGGGCUAAAAUGUCCAUAAAACUUCUACGAUUGGCUAGCAAAUCAACUUCUAUGAAGCUCAGUAUGCCACCAGAGAUCACAUCAUCUAAGUGCCAUGUAAGGCAGAAAAUCAAAACGUUAAAACGAAUGAUCAAAGAAUCAUCAAAAGCAAAUCCCAAUAUAAAAUUACUUAAUAAUUGUAUGGGGAGCUAUGAUGCUACCGGUCUCAAUGAAUUAGCAUCUAUCCCCAUAGGUAGGAUCAAAUAUACGAAGAGGCAAAAGCACUUUACCUGGCUGCCUACCCACAUUUGGAAUGCUAAAAGGUCUCACAUGAUGAAAAGAUGGGGGUACCAAUUGGCAUGGGCACCUACUCAAAAAUGCUUUAAAUUGACACAUAGGCUAGGCGGCGACACCUGCAGCUCCGAUGGGGCCUUAUGUAUGGAUUCAAGUCAUAUUGGUACUAUUGUUAUAAAAGAUAAAGGCAAUGAAAGUGAGGGUGACUUUUUAAAAUUUGUUAUAGGGAAGUUAACGGCUGGAAGAGCAAACUCAAAGAAAUAUCGAGAAGGUCAGGUUUUAUUCCAGGGAUUAAUUUAUGAUUUCAGCGAAGGAGGCAGUGAAGAUUCAUCCAAGCCAUUGGGUCCGUGCGACAUAUUUUGGGUACAAAUGGAUACUGCUAUAAUAAGAUUACAUCCUUCAAUCUAUACUCAGGUUUUUAACAUCCUUUUACAACACACAAAGAAAUUAACUGUACAGGAUUGUCGAUAUUCAUUAGCGAGCGUAACCUUGAAGGGAGCUAAAGCUCUAGAAUCGUUAGCCUCCUGUUUAAGAAGCACAGAACAUUGUGAAUCGUUUGAACAAUUUAAAACGAUUUCGAUGAUUACCGAUUAUAAUGCUCUACCACAGAGGUGCACGUUCGCAUUUGAAGCCAUAGACCCACGUCAUCUUGCUGCACCAAAAAAGUUAAACGAUUCCCAGAGGAAUAGUGUUAAUUUUGACGACAUUAUAUCAUUGUACGAGAAUUAUCCUCAAGAUGAAAUAAACGCUGUUUUAAACAAAUUAUGCGACCCUGAGUCACGUACUGAAUCAUACAAGAACCAGAGCACAUUAAAAGAAAUUUCUGCGAGACGUUCCAAGUUGCUAACUGUUACACCGAAUCAUAUCAAUAGAACUACGGUUCCAUUCAAGGGAAAUGACGAUCCUUCUAUCCCAUUAGUCAUAAUUAGAAGGCCCAAGACCAACGACUGGAUUGUCGUGUUACCAUGGUUCUGGCUUCUACCGCUGUGGCAUCUACUGAACCGGAUACCAAGAAUGUAUCAUAUUGGUCUGAGACAGUUCCAACAAAUUCAGUACGAGAAUAAGCAACUUUAUUUUCCCGAUGACUACCCAUUCACUCAGUUUGGUUAUCUAGAAAACUCACUUUAUAAAAGGGAAGCCUCUAAAACGAAGUGGGAUAGGAAGCCAAUGGGGAAAAGGAUCAAUUUCGAAAAGGUCAAAGACAUUCAUAACACCCAAUUACCGGCAUAUAGCGGGGAAAUAGGCGAUUUUUUCAGUUCAGACUGGAGGUUUUUACAAAUACUGAGAAACGGUAUCGAUUAUUUACGCCGGAACGAUAAAAACUUAGAAUUGGUGGACAGUAAGAAGACCGGACAGUUUAACAGUCAAGGCGUAAGAGACAUCAACUGCAUAAAUGACGUUUUGGAAUUGUGCAAGGAUUAUGAGGUCAAGGCAAAGGCAAUAUCAUCGCCGAUUGAAGACAACAUACCAAUUAUGUUGUGUAAAGACUCGAAAUGUCGGUCCCGUACUUCUAAUAGGAUCAACUCCGAUAGUUCUUCAGUUCACCUUACGUCCUGCCCACGUUGUGCCAUUGCUGUGUCUUGCACACUACUUGAACGUGGUCACCCAAAGGACAAUGCAAGAAUAUAUCAAGUUCCAGAAAAGCACCUGCAGCAUUGGCUUCAAUUGGCAAAAGGAGUGUACCGGUCGAACGGAAGAAAAGAUCACGAUUUGAAAAUGCCACUUCCAGAGGUACACGAUUUGAUCGGCUUUAUUACCAGCGGCACAUACCACUUAAACUGUGGAAAUGGUAUGGGGAUCGGAUUUAUAGAUCAUCAUUUGGCUAUCCAACAACGGACUAGAUACGUUCUCAUCAGGAACGUGGGCACCAACACUUAUAGGCUGGGGGAAUGGUCGAAAAUAUCCGUAUGA